AUAUUUUUUAAAAUGCUUAUAAUUUUCGCUAAAGUUCAUAAAAAGAAUUAUAUUUCAUUCACUUAUUUUUUUUCAAAAGUGAUUUUAAAUAAUUCAAUGAUUUGAUCUAGAUUAUCGGUGGUAUUAAAAAAAAAAAAAAAGAAAAAAACAGAAUCAGAGAAACUAAGUAUUCUUACUUGCAGUGAAAGAAUUUUAUUAUAUGUUCUUCUUAGAAAAUCUGUCAAAGACUGCCACAUUAGUGAAGAGAAUUUGAUAAAUUUUAUAUGGUAAAAUAUUUACAAAAAAGGAAAAACUUGCUGCCCUCUAAUUGACUAAAAGAAAACUUUGAGAAAUAAAAGUUCAUGGUACUUCCGUUAACUGCUCAAAAUAAAAUGUUUAAUGUUCAUUAUAUUCAAGAAAUUAUACCGUUGUUAAAAAAAGGGCGAGCUGUUUUUUCUCUUUAUCAUAAGUAUUAUUUUCUGAGGAUAUUGUUGAUUUUGUGAUUAUUAAGAUGUAUAAUAUUAUAACCAGUGAUUAAAUACUUCUUCAGUUGGUUUAAGUAAAUGAAUUGGAAAAUGGUGCAACUUAUUUGAAUAUGCUUCUUUUCUAGUAUACAAAAGAGAAUUAAAUGUUUAGUAAUGUCUAUAUAUCUACUCACUUACAAAAACAAUUAAAUGGAAAAGCUAAAGUGAAUUCAAACAAUUUAGGAUUUAAUAAUGUAUGCAUAUACAUAUACUUAUAUAAGAUAAAUUUAUCAUAUAUUUAUAAAAAAUGGACUAGUUUUACAUUUAUAAAUUUGCAAUCUUAUACAGAAUGAUCAUUGUAACUGUAAUUAAAGUAGGUAAUAAAUCAAAUACUAAAUUUUGUAAAAAAAAACAAUAGAUAAUUUAAAAAAUGUUGUAAAGUUGCCACUACAAAUUAGUCCUGUUUUUCAUAAUUUUUUAAAUGUAAAAAGAUAACGAUUUUUAAUAAACUUUUUAAUGCAAUAACAUAUUGUAUAAAUUAUUUUCAUUUAAUAUGAAAAUAUCUAAAAGUUUACGGCCCUUUAGCUUAAUUUAUUUAAUCAGAAAAGAAUUCAAAAUGUCCGCGUUUCUAAAACUACACACAUGCGCACUGCAAUAUAAUAUAGGAUAGAUAAUAUUCUAUAGGUACUUAUAUUUAUUUUAUUUUUAUGUACUUGUGUAUUUAAAAUAUGUGACAUCAAAGGUUCAUAACAAUAAAAUCAAAAACAUCAAAGUGGAGAAAGCAUACCCGUAUAUCGGUUGAUACUGCAUUCGUACAUACAUACAAUAUACUGUACUUGUGUAGGUAUAUUAGUGAGUGGUCAGUGAACAGCCAUACCUAUAUGGAACUUCAAAUCAGCUGAUCGCUAUAAACUUCAUAACACGAUACAUGUAUGUAUGUAUAUGUAUACAUUGCUAAAAGAUGGGCUGAUGCAGGACAGUGCACAAUGACAAUGUUUUGAAUAUUAAAAUAAAGUGAAAAUAUGUUGAUACUUUUGCUAGAAUAGUUCAUGCAAUUUUACUCAUUAUGGAGAAAAUUAUUAAAAAAGUAUUACACACAGGAAAUAAAGUUGUUACAUAUGUACCUGGAACAAAAGUAUGUCAACAGUACUAUUUAUUGAACUACAAAAUGUGAUUCUUCAAAGACUGUUAUUGAUGAUAGCAGAAGUAUGGGUAAACCAAUGGAAUUGGUUUUGGGGAAACAAUUUAAACUUGAGGUUUGGGAAGUUAUAGUUCAAAAAAUGGCCAUAAAUGAAGUUGCUGUCUUUACAGUUGACAAAAGCCUUGUCAACCCAUAUCCAUUUGUAUCCAAAACCCUGCGUGAAGCUGGUAAACCGUCAGGUGAAAAACGUAACCAUCACUGCUGUGGGGUAAUAUUGCAAAAUGAAGGAAUUGGAUAUGAUGAUUUAAAUGAUCUCAUUAAAAAUCCUCAAAACUUAGAAUUCACUAUUGAGUUAUUACAGGCUGUGCUUCCACAUGAAUAUGAAAAAGAAUCUUGGCAAAUGACUGAAGAUGAAAAACUUGAAAAUAUUCCAGUUUUAAGAGAGAAAGGAAACACUCAAUUUAGGGAAAAAGAUUAUGAGGCUGCAGCAAAUACUUAUGCACAAGCGAUUGGAAUAGUUGAACAACUCAUGCUUGCGGAAAAACCAAAUGACUCAGAAUGGUUAAAUUUGAAUUCCAUGAAACUUCCUUUGCUUCUGAACUAUGCACAAUGUAAAUUGUUAAACAAAGAAUAUUAUGCUGUUAUUGAACAUUGUACUACUGUGCUUAAAAGUGAUCCUGAUAAUGUAAAAGCUCUGUAUAGAAGAGGAAAAGCACACAUUGGUGCAUGGAAUGAAAAUGAGGCAAUUGCUGAUUUAACUAGAGCAGCUGAGCUAGACAAGUCCCUGCAAUCUGCUGUCAACAAAGAAUUACAGUCUUUUGAUUUAGCUGUCAAAGAGAGAAAUAAAGUUCAAUCUAAAAAACUUGCAAACAUGUUUGCAAAUUAAAUUUUUACAUAAAAUUAAAAAUUCAAUGUUUCUUCUAUCAUUUUUUUAAAACACAUGGUAAUCUAUACUUUGGCGCAUAGUCAUGCACUCAACUUCGUCAAUUUUUAACGUAUUUGUUUUUAUAUUAAUAUCUUCUUCAAGUUGAAUUUGCAUUUUUAGUAAAAAGCGCAAUGAUGCUUGAGCCUAAAAAACAAAGAUAUAUUCAUUGGACUACAUGGUAUGUGUAUAUAUGUACGUAUAAAAUGUAUCUCUAGAAAGAUUUUAAAAUAUUAAUUUUUAUGUUGUAAUAUAUUAAAUAUUAAAAAUAAUCCAACA